GGGAGAACGUUGUUCAUCGGGUCCGUGCUGUGGCUACUCUCUUGUACUGAAUUACCAUGGUCGGUUUCUUUAAUGCACUGACGUGCUACACUUUCUAACCUCGAAACCCUAUUCGGACUUUAAAAAACACACAUGGACGGAAUACUAGCUUUCUGACCGAGGGACGGAGUCGGGAAAGAGUCGCAUAGUGGUGGAGAGCCGUGCGCUUCUUUGCGCGACAAAGAAAGAGAGUGAGCGCCGAGCUGAUGCUGCUGCGUGAAAAAAUCUCCAUUGUCGAACAGAAAAAGCGCCGUUUAGCUGAAGCUCUACUUUAAGCCCGACAAAUAUGACUUCAACACUGCCUUACGUUCUUUUUCUCAUCCUCAGCAUCCAGAGUGUGCUUCCUUUUGAAGUGAUGUUACAGGAAGAUAACAGUAUCAUGAUGAUACUGGAACCCUCAGACCUAAGGGGCAACAUCAGUAUUUAUGCUGCUAGAAUAUCUGGGGAACCCCGCACCCACGUUCUGCCUUUCCAGCGUGUCAACGAUAGCCAACAAGCUCCAGCUACCCUUUUCUAUAAUGCCUCCUACCACGGUCUCCUCUAUACCAUCAGCCUUCUGCUAGCCAAUGGCUCCAUGUGGAGCAAACCUGCCAAGACUGUGACUUUGCUCACAAAGCCACUGCCACUGGAGAGUGUACAGAUCUCAGACUACCAGCCAGCUCCAGAAACCGGUGUGGUGUUUGAGCUCCACUCGCCAGAAAGAAACAUUUACAGCAGAGUAAAUAUCAGCUACUCUGAGGGCACAGAAAAGCACUUCAUGCUGUAUAAAGAUUUUCUAAAGGGUAAAACUGUGUUCAAGCACUGGCUUCCAGGGACGUGCUACAGUAACAUCACCUUUCAACUCAUCUCUGAGGCCACAGUCAACAGAAGCACCCUAGUACAGAAGAGUGAAGUGAUCCAUGAGCUGCGUCAUCACAGAACAGUACCCAACCCUCCUCGGAAUGUGUCUCUCAAGAUUGUGAAACUAAGUACAAGAGGUUUGCCAAGCACAUCUCAUGAUGCCCGUCUACCACGCAGAGCACGUGACGUCUCAUCAAUAGAGGAAAACGAGAAAAAGAAUGAGCAAGAAACUACAGAGGCACCAAAAACUGACAAGGCAGGACAAACAACUACAGAGGAACCUGUCAAUCCUUUUAAAAGCCUGAACAGCAGCUCGGAACCGUUUGUAAAUGCCCCCGAGUACACAUCUACUCCUGAAAUUGUCCACAGUAACACCAGCGAUACGUUAGAGAGUGAGAAUUCUACUGCUUCUUACUGGCCAACAGUGGGUCCUUCCUCCACUGAAGGAGAGGAGGAGUUUGUAAAUGCACUGGUUACGGAGUACGAAGACUCCAAGGAGCAAGGUUCAGCCAUGGAUAUAAACCAUGAACCUAAGGUUGUGUCCACUAAAUUAUCGCAUGUUUUGUUGGAGCUUCACUGGCUGCCUCCACGUCCACCCACCACAGUUGAUGGCUUUAAUAUCUACAUCUAUAGAGAUGGUGACUCAGCUGAGACAACCACAGUGGAUGAGAACACUCAUGAGUUCUUCACGAAAUUGUCUGAGCCUGGAACAUAUCGUGUGCUGGUCACCACAAUCAGCUCUUCAGGAGAUUGUGAACCUCGAGAGAGCAUUUCACACCAAGGAUUUACUUUCUACCUCAGUCCCACAGGUGAGUGGCUGGAACAGCCAAAGGAGCGUCCAGAAGCAGUAAGUGUGAAGAUGCUGGGAUCAAGCACAGCCUCUGUAUCCUGGGCUCCACCCAAACAGAGCCACAACGGCAGUCUCAUCUCAGUACUGUCUCUGACCUGCCUCAAACCCAGCCUCAGUCAGCGCAUGGAGAGCACCUACUGCUCUGAGGAAAACACCACUAGUGACAUAAUUACUAACUUAACCCCUGGUGCCCAGUACAGAGUGGUGGUGUAUCAUACCAAUGGGCCCCUAAUUAGCCCCCCUUCUGAACCAGUCAUUAUUGACAUAGAGCCAACAGGUGUGCAAGACUUGGUGGUGUACCCUCUUAGUCCCACUGCAGUAAUUCUAAGCUGGAAGAGACCAUAUCAUGUGGCCUUUCGGAAAUACGUGCUUCAGACCUUCUACUUCAACUCAGCCAUACAGACCUCUCAGUGGACAACAUACUAUGAGAUUGCUGCUACUGCCUCCACCAUCGCCUCUGUGAGAGUGACGGAUCUGUUGCCUGCAUGGUACUACAACUUUAGAGUGACCAUGGUGACCUGGGGUGACCCACCUCUCAGCUGCUGUGAUGGCUCCACUGUGAGCUUUGUUACCGCUCCUGAGGCGCCCCACAUUUCCUCAGUGGAGUAUGCUCACGGCAUGUUGUAUGUGCGCUGGACAUAUGGGGAUCUCUUUACUGACCUUUCCCAUUCAAGAAUGUUGCACUGGCAGGUGCUUGCAGAGGGGAAGAAAGGCUCCAGGAGACGUUUUUCUACAGAUGUGACACGUAACAUAAUGAAGGCAUCUCUGGCUCUCCCUCCCGGUGACAUCUACAAUCUGACGGUGACAGCUUGCACAGAACGCAGUCGCAACACCUCCACGCCCCAUAUCCUGAAACUGGAUCCUGCACCUCCCAGAUCCCUGUACGCAGUUAAUGCCACACACUCUGCUGUCACUUUACUCUGGACUGAGGAGGGUGUGGUGGACUUCUACCAGAUCAGCUGCAGACAACUCGGGCUCAGCAAACAAUUCAAGGUUGCUGAGCCCCUGACUGCCCACUCCCAUGUGUUAACUGUGGGCAACCUGCAGCCUUCCAUCUCUUACAACUGCAGUGUGAUCAGCUACAGCUACAGCACCCCUAGCGAGCCCACCUACAUUACCAUCAGUACUUUGGCCCAGGAGAUGAACCCAAGUGUAGCUGCUAUCUCUGCAUUGGCUGUGCUUAGUUUGCUGCUCCUUAGCUUGCUGGUGCUUUUCCUUCUAAUGCUGCGCAAAAAGCACAUGGAGAUGACCAGAGAAUGUGGGGCAGAAACCUUCAUCAACUUUGCUUCUUUUGAACGAGAUGGCAAACUUCCUUACAACUGGCGAAGGAGCCUCUUUGCCUUCCUUACUCUUCUGCCAUCCUGCCUUUGGACUGACUAUCUUUUGGCUUUUUAUAUUAAUCCAUGGAGUAAGACUGCUUUAAAGAAAAGGAAGCUAACAAGCCCAGUGCAGUUAGAUGACUUUGAGGCCUACAUCAAAGACAUGAGCAAGGACUCUGCAUACAAGUUCUCCCUACAGUUUGAGGAGCUGAAGAGCGUUGGUUUGGACCUUUCUCAUGAUGCAGCAGAUUUACCAGUUAACAGGCCCAAGAACCGUUAUACCAACAUCUUGCCCUAUGACUUCAGCCGGGUAAAGCUAAUCUCAAUGCACAACGAUGAAGGCUCAGACUACAUUAAUGCCAACUACAUACCAGGUUACAAAUCACCUCGUGAAUACAUCGCCACUCAGGGGCCACUCCCGGAAACUCGCAACGAUUUUUGGAAGAUGGUGAUGCAGCAAAACUCGCAUAUCAUUGUCAUGCUGACUCAGUGCAAUGAGCGACGCAGGGUGAAGUGUGAUCAUUAUUGGCCGUUUACAGAUGAACCAGUUACUUAUGGAGAGAUCACUGUAGAGAUGCUGUCUGAAAGUGAAUCUCCUGAAUGGACCAUCAGGAAUUUCCGACUGGGCUAUGCAGAUGAGGUGCAGGAUGUAUUACAUUUUAACUACACAUCCUGGCCUGAUCAUGGUGUGCCUACAGUAAAUGCCAUUGAAAGCAUCCUGCAGUUUGUGCAGUUAGUACGCCAGCAAGUCAACAGGACCAAGGGACCCGUUAUUGUCCACUGCAGUGCUGGAGUGGGUCGGACAGGUACAUUUAUUGCUCUGGAUCGGCUAAUGCAGCACAUCCGGGAACAUGAGUACGCUGAUAUUUUAGGCAUGGUGUCAGAGAUGCGCUCACAUCGACUUUCUAUGGUACAAACAGAGGAGCAGUAUGGCUUCAUCCAUCAGUGUGUUUUGCUUAUGUGGAAGAAGAAAAAACAGCAGAGUCUCACCAGCGAUGUCAUCUAUGAAAAUGUUACCAAGUCUUAAUCAAACCCAAGGCAUGUUUGCAAGCUGUGACGAUGCCCUUCACUCUUCUUUGCUUCAGGCAUUUAUUCUCUGCAUCAAGCCUUCUUUAUUAACUUUCAAAUAAAUAACACUGCUGCCGAGAAGUUGAAGAUACCUCCGUGUACCCCGUUCUACAGUUUAACAACAGGCGAAGGCAUUUUGGAUAAAAGCUUUUGUCUACAUUCUACACUACUUUCCAAGGCAGAGUAACUGUAGCAAUUUCACAUGAAGCCUCUUGAGAAGAGACUGGCCAAUCAAGGCAAAAUAGCAUUAGGUGUUCAUCUUGGAUCUCAGGAUUGACACGCCCUGCAAGUACUCACCCCAAGUACUUGCUGCCACACACACCAAAGGCGAGUGGAGGUCAUCAUGGAAAGUCACCUGGUUUCAUUGGGGAGUGUUGGAUGUCAUUUAUUUACUUUAAUUGAUUUCUGUGUGGAAGAAGCCAGCCUGUACGGAAUAGCGUUAGUGUUUAUUGGCUUGGUUGCUGCAACUUAUCAGACUCUUAACAUCUUACUGCCACUGCCACUCCCCAAAAGGGACAGUAAACGUAAAGUGUGUGUGUGUGUGUGUGUGUGUGUGUUUUCUUCUGCUGUACUAUUUUCUCAACACACUGCUCUUCAGUACGACUACUAGGGCCUGGAUAGAGGACUUGGACAUUACAAGACACCUGUUGAACUGUUCAUGUGUGGUUCUGUAUGAUUUGCACUGAUUAUCUAGUGUUUUCUAUACUAUGCUGAAAAAAACUGUGGAUUACUGUACUGCAUUACUGCGUCUGCUGUUCUUAACACUGCUGUCUGAAUGCUAUUGCUGGUUCUAUAGUAGAAGAGCAGUGUCUCAGCCGAAGAGCUACUUAUCAUGCAGUCUGGAUAACAAGCCGGCUGAUACCAAGAUCACUCACGAAAAAGGGACUUUGUUCAAAAUGGAAUAUUGCAUUAUAGUCUCACAGUGUUGUGCAGUAUUAUAAUAUUCA